AUCACGUGAACUUGAAUUUAUUUACGAGUAACUCUUCCGUCUUUAUUGUUAUUAAUGAUCAAGUAUGGAGCUCUUUGGGACGCUGGUUCUGGCCUCGAUCGUCUUGGGUCUGCUGUUCCUCUUAUUUAGAAGGGACUCGUCUCGCUACAGCAAGAUGCCGCCCGGACCGACCCCACUGCCUUUUAUCGGUAACAUACUUCAGCUGGACUCCAAGGCUGUCCACGAGAGUAUUAUGAAGCUGAAAGAGACGUAUGGAAAUGUGAUGACUGUGCACCUGGGCACGCAGCGUCUUGUGGCUCUUGUCGGGUUCGAUGCGGUUUACGAAGCGCUGGUGCAACAGGCUGACGCGUUUGCUGGAAGAUCGGUGUCACCACUGAUUAUGAAGCUCACCGGUGACUUUGGUUUGAUACAAAGCAAUGGAGAGCGCUGGAAACAAAUCCGCCGCUUCUCUUUGUCCACCAUGCGAGAUUUUGGAAUGGGAAAGCGCAGCAUUGAGGCGUGGAUCCAAGAAGAAACUAAGCACCUCACUGAAGAGUUCAGAAAAACCAAAGGCUCACCAUGUAAUCCCACCAUCUUUUUGAGUCGGGCCGUGUCCAAUGUCAUCUGCUCCAUUGUGUUUGGUCAGCGUUUUGAUUACCAAGAUAAAAAUUUUAUCAACUUGCUCUCUCUGAUGGAUGCAAAUUUACAUUUGCUAACCAGUCCCAUUGGAAUGCUGUAUAACAUGUUUCCAGUAUUCACUAAAUUAAUACCUGGAACAUUCAACAAGGUGUUAAAGAACUUGAAUGAAAUUAAUCAAUUUAUUUCAGCAAUGAUUGAUCAACACAAAGCAACACUGGUUAGUGACAGCCCCCGGGAUUUUAUAGACAGCUUCCUCAUCAAAAUGAAACAGGAAAGUGAUAAUCCAGCAACCGAGUUCAACCUUGAAAACUUAAUCAUCACAGUUAUGGAUCUCUUUUCGGCGGGGACAGAGACCACCAGCACUACUCUUCAAUAUGGACUGCUGCUUCUUAUGAAAUAUCCUCACAUCCAGGAAAAGGUCAAGAAGGAGAUCGAUGCAGUGAUCGAACGAGGCCGUGCCCCUGCCAUGGAGGACCGGAGAAAGAUGCCCUACACUGAUGCUGUACUCCAUGAAGUCCAGAGAUUCAUCGAUCUUGUCCCCUUAAAUGCUUUUCAUUGUACAACAAAGGACACUGUAUUUAGGGGAUACACAAUACCAGCUGGUACAGCGGUGUCUCCUGUGCUUCACUCGGUGUUGUUUGACAAGACAAAGUGGGCAACCCCUUACACCUUCAAUCCUGGUCAUUUUUUGGAUGAAAACGGCUGCUUCAAAAUGAACCCAGCUUUUAUGCCCUUUUCCGCAGGGAAGCGCAUCUGUGCAGGUGAGGGUCUGGCCAAGAUGGAGCUCUUCUUGUUUUUCUCCACCCUCCUACAGAACUUCUCAUUCCACCCCACAGUUGAGCCUGACAAAAUCAGUCUGACACCAAGUUCUAGGUCAUUUUUUAAACUUCCCUUGCCAUAUACAUUUUUUGCCAUCCCAAGAUAGCAAGAGAUGGACAUUUGAGCACAGAGGAACUUUAAUUAAAGAGCAGAUUAAACCAGCAAAAAGCAGGUAUUCUAUAUAAAAGAAAAUCCUUGAAUUGUACCUCUUUUUAAUUAUUUGAUCAGCUUCUUUUACCACAUUCCUUUGGUACUUAUGUUUCUUUAUAUUUUAAUUUCUUUUUUUUUUAAAUAUUAAUGUACUGUAAAAAGAUAGAGAGAGAGAGAGUCAGUUUUCAUAAGUAGCUAAAAAUAAGAGGUUUUUCAGUUUGGAUUAUCAUUUCUUCAUCUCUCUGCUUAUUCUCAAUUAAAAGAUAAUCCAAAAACCUACCUUUGUCAGGCUGGAUUCUGUAGAGCAACACUAGUGAGCCACACACUUGCCUCACAUGCAGCAGCUUUGAUUCUUGUUGGAAUCUGAAAAUGUCAGCAUGCCUUGCUACAAAGGUUUUUGAGUUUUGUAACACCUAGGUGAGAAACACCAGUAUUAAGUUAAUUCAGAAUCAGCAUUCACAAGUUUCCAAUUAUCUAGGGUUAAUUCUCAGACUGGUGAUUUGGAGUGUGGAUUUUAUAAGUUCUGUUCUUGUCUGUACUGGUUUAGGUUGAGUUUGAGAGUAUCAGGCCUGCUUCUCCUUGAGAAUUACAACUUGAGAAUAUUUGGUCACUUGUGUUGCCGCAAGAUCUUGGUGGCAUAGUGGUUCAGUGGUGUUCAUUUGAGAGUGCCAUGUCUAAAGAGUACUAACAUGGAAAUUUAAAGUUCAGAUUAAAUUUUAGACCAUAUGCUUUGGAGAGAAUAUGAUUUUUAGCUAAAAAAAAAAACUGAUCAUAUCUUAAAGCAAAUUUUGUGCAAAAUUUGUGAUCAGCAAUACCAUUAACUGUGAAAUUGUCUUUUUCAUUUAACAAACGUAAUCACUGAUAUUAAAUUGUAAUGUAAUCGGAAUCUACAGAAAGCAUUAACAGCACCCAGUCAUCAGUAUUAUGUAUCAGUUUAUAAAACACAUUAGCCAACUAGUGAUUUUGGUAAUUUAUGGAAAA